AUGUUUACUCUUUUACACUCGGCAGGAAGUGUCCCAGGAGGCUGCAGUCUGCUCCUAAUCUGUUCCCUCUUCCUGUGCAGAUGCAUCUAUUGUCAGGAGAAGACUCAUUCUCAGGCUGAGGAGAGGCUCUUCAAACAUCUCUUCACUGGCUACAAUCGGUGGUCCAGACCUGUCCCCAAUGCUUCAGAUGCUGUUAUCGUCAACUUUGGUCUUUCCAUCGCACAGCUCAUUGAUGUGGAUGAGAAAAACCAGAUGAUGACAACGAACGUUUGGCUCAAGCAGGAAUGGUAUGAUUAUAAACUUACAUGGGAUCCUGCAGAGUUUGACAAUGUAACUUCAAUCCGUGUCCCUUCUGAAAUGAUCUGGAUUCCUGACAUUGUUCUUUACAACAAUGCAGAUGGAGAGUUUGCAGUGACACACAUGACGAAGGCUCACCUCUUCUCAACGGGCCAGGUACAGUGGGUGCCCCCAGCUAUCUACAAGAGCUCCUGCAGCAUUGACGUCACCUUCUUUCCUUUCGACCAGCAGAAUUGCAAAAUGAAGUUUGGCUCCUGGACGCAUGACAAGUCCAAGAUUGAUCUGAGGAGCAUGGGCAGGAAUGUCGACCUUAAGGAUUACUGGGAAAGUGGCGAGUGGGCAAUAGUCAAUACAGUGGGGAUUUAUAACAGCAAAAAAUAUGACUGUUGCUUCGAGGUGUACGUUGAUAUCACAUACUCCUUCAUUAUCAGGAGGCUCCCUCUCUUCUACACCAUUAACCUCAUCAUUCCUUGUUUACUCAUCUCUUGUUUAACUGUUUUGGUCUUCCAUUUACCAUCAGCCUGUGGAGAGAAGAUUACUCUUUGUAUCUCGGUAUUGCUGUCCCUGACUGUUUUCUUGCUGCUUAUUACUGAAAUCAUCCCCUCGACUUCGCUGGUCAUCCCUUUAAUUGGAGAAUACCUACUCUUCACCAUGAUCUUCGUCACGCUCUCCAUUGUUAUCACAGUCUUUGUCCUCAACAUCCACCACCGCUCGCCCAACACCCACAAGAUGCCCAGGUGGGUGAGGAAGGUCUUCCUUGAUUUCAUCCCUUGCUGGCUCUUCAUGAAGAGACCGAGAUCCAAAACCGAAAUGUUCACCGACCACUUCAGUCCAUUAGAGUUGAAACUUGGCCUGUCCAAAUGCUGCCCUCCCUUAAGGGGUCAGGAGCCAUGGUUUGACCUGGCCCCCUGCCAGCCCAGUCUGGCGGGACCUUGUGCCCUCGGUCACCCUGAGUCAAGCAGGUCCACAGUGGAGAUGGACGAUGGAAACCGCCGAGCCUGGCCAAGUAACACCACUCAGACAGGAGCCAAUCUGUCGCUGUCUCCCAGCAUUAUGAGAGCACUGGAGGGAGUGCAUUAUAUUGCCAACCAUCUCCGAGCUGAGGAUGCCGAUGUUUCAGUGAAGGAAGAUUGGAAAUAUGUUGCCAUGGUGAUUGACCAGAUUUUUCUCUGGAUAUUUAUCAUCGCCUGUUUGUUGGGAACGUUCGGACUUUUCCUCCCACCCUGCCUGGCUGGAAUGAUUUGAUAUUCCACUUGUAAAGUAGGGAGAAUAAGCUGGGAGUGUUUGAGCCGUAAGUGAGGGUAUGGGGUUAGGGAAAUGUUCAAAGGAACUCUCCCUUUCACCUACCCCUUUGUGGACCUCCACCUCCCUACUCCAUUCCCUCACUCCCCUAGCCCCAUUUAUCCCAAACUCCCC